UCAACAAUUGAGUAUAAAACGGAUUUCGACUAAUGAAAAAGACGUUGGAUCGUUUUCAGUGUUUCUCUAUAAACGACCAUGAAGCUUUUGAUUCUUUUGUCCGUCCUAGCGGCUUCGGCCAUUGCUUCGCAGAAGCGUUAUGAUGGCUAUCAACUGUUCCAGGUAACGCCAAAGGAUGCGGCUUCGUACGACGCCCUAGCCCGGCUCUCCGACAGCGAAAUUUACGAUUUCUGGACAGACUUGCGUUCCAUCGGUCACUCUACGGACAUCAUGGUUCCACCCGCAUACGUCUCGCUCUUCGUUGACCUGAUGCAUGCUUACAGCAUGGAAUAUCGAGUCAAGAUGGUCAAUGUUCAGACUGUCCUCGAUAUGGCUCGCGAUGAGCAAGUGGCUGUCCCCCGCGUCGGUUCUCCCCGUUAUUCCGUUACCUGGGACAACUACUAUGACUUCAACGCCAUCACAGCUUUCAUCAAUGAAAUCGCCGCUGCCCAUCCUGACAAGGUAACGGUUUCCAGUAUUGGCAAGACAUUCGAAAACAGGGAUAUGCCUUUGGUCAAAAUCUCCACUGGUGGUACCGGCAAAAAGGCAAUCGUCGUCGAUGGCGGCAUUCACGCUCGUGAGUGGAUUUCACCUGCUUUCGUCACCUGGUUGAUCAACGAAUUGGUUGAGAACUACGCCGCCCAUCCCCAAUACGUUGACAAUGUUGACUGGUACAUCAUGCCCGUCAUCAACCCAGAUGGUUACCAAUUUACUCAUGACACAAACGGGGAUCGCUUGUGGCGCAAGAACCGCAAACCAAAUGCUGGAAUUGGUGGCAUUCCUUGCAUCGGCACAGAUAUGAACAGGAACUUUGGUUUCCACUGGAACGAGGGCGGUAGCAGUGCAAACGGAUGCUCCGACACUUUCCACGGUGGAGCCGCUUUCAGCGAGAUCGAGUCGCAACACGUUCGUGACGCCAUUUUGGCCGUCGCUGGCCAAGCCGAGAUGUACCUGACCUUCCACUCUUACGGCCAGUACUGGCUCACUCCAUGGGGUUACACCUCCGCAUUGCCAGAUGAUUACACCCAGCUCUACACCUUGGCUGUAUCAGCUGUCAACAAAUUGACCGCCGUCUACGGAACCCAAUACACCAUUGGAUCCUCCACCAACGUACUCUAUGUCGCUUCUGGAGGCAGUGACGACUGGGCAAAGGGUGGAGCCGGUAUUCCAUUUUCGUACACCGUCGAGAUGCGUGACGAAGGAACCUUCGGAUUCCAACUUCCCGCUAGACAAAUUCUCCCCAAUAACGAGGAGGUCUGGGAAGGUAUCAAGGUUAUGGCCGAAUCUCUUUUCUAGAGAGAUUUCACUAACCCAACGUUUCAGCAUCUGAUUACCGCAUCUGAUUUGUGUUGCCGGAUAGCGAAAUUAACAAUUGACUUUUCAAUUUAAAUAAAAAUGUUUCCUUAAUACACAGUUAUCACAUUUA